AUGGACGACCCGAGUAUUAUCUCCAACAACCCACAGACCCGGGUCCCUUCCACUUCCACCCCAAACACAACCGUCAACAGACCACAGCGCCGGUCCCUUGAAGAUCCCAUCGAUGACCAGGAAACCCUUCAAACGAGCCCUCCAGGGAUCGCCAACAGACAGUCUCAUCGACCCUCAGCCGAGAUCCCAACCAAAGAGCGUCCGGCCGGGCCACAAGCGACCAGAAACCUGGCCGACGGCUCCUCUCGGGACCGACCACCACACGCCCCGGCCACCAAUCGUGGCGGCAGAACCGUCGACAACCGUGAACACAGGCGGGUUACCUCAGCGGAAGACAGGGCGGCGCGGGUUCAGCAGGCAGAGUUCGACCGUCUUGCGGCUAGCCUGAUCUCGUCGGUGAACAACCACAUCAACGACGAGGACCUCCUCAAAGCCGAUGGGUCUAAUUUUGCUGCGUGGGAGGAUUUUAUCGAAGAAAGAAUGAGAGGCGCAACUGGCGCAGUUUCCUUUUUCAACCGGCCAGCUCGCAACAUCCUUCAUGAACGGGUUGGACGGGCGCUCAUCAUCAACGCCGUCGACCGGUCUCUCCGAAGGGGAAUCUCACGACUCACAAGCGCUCAUGAGAUGUUCAACGAUCUCAAUCUUCGUUUUCGAUCGGUCAGCCGGGCGGCGCAAGUCAGUCUAUACCGCCAGCUGAUAUCGUUCAAUGCAACCGAUCACCCAUCAACGGCGCAAAUGGCCUCGCACAUCGGGGAUUUACUUGACGAAAUGACUUCGGCAGGAAUCCUUUUCACUCGCGAACAUCUGGCAAGACUGGUCCUCCAGAACGGACUCCAAGGUGAUCCAACACUUCAAGAAGAGUUCAACCGUCGAGUUGAAUUGGAUUUCCAGACAUCGACUGCGGAACGGCCGGCGAUGACGUUUGAAGAUAUGAUUCGGCUCAUUGACAUCAUACGGCGUCAACAGCGGUUCCAAUCGACAACCAACGAAGGCACCCGCACCACACCUCUUGUGAUGCAAGCUGAACCGCAGAUAGCCCCUACGCAAGACCAACAUCAAGCGGCGGGGAUGCCCAUGUACCCCGAUCAUCCCGACAACUUGCCCGACGUUCACGAUUUCAUGGCGAUGCAAGCGGGGCUCUGCUGGCAAUGCAGGUCACCUGACCACCUACUUCGCAACUGUCCCCUACGUUCUAGACCUGGAGCACCACGUGGGAGGUUCCGAAGUCAAGCACCCCAGGCAACACACUACUCGGCUAGGCCAGGCCAAGGAUUCAAAUCUUUCUACCCCAUCGUCACACCGCCGGGCUUUUCAGCCGUCUACCCUCAAACGCAUUCCAACCAUCGUCCAGCACAUGGCCCCCUCAACAGUCGACUCACCGGACAAUGCGCCAAUCGUGGACUCAGGUGCGUCCCACCAUCUCUGUGGUGA